UCGAAAUUGUGUAUUUUAAUUAGUAACAAAUACAUAUUUUAAUCUAAUUAAUACUUAUCUGUUUUAGAUUGAUAAUUUUUUAUUUAUAUUUCUGUUAUUGCUAUAUUAUCUCUACUUUCUUAUCAGUUUGAAAAAAUACACAGGUACUUUAUAAGAGGUUCUGCCAUAUGAUUUCUGUCAAAAAGUGGAAUCAAGAAGAACAUUUGCAGAUACUCGAAGAUAUUAAUAUUAUUAUUCGUCCAAUAAAGUUUAAAUUAAUUUUAUCAUCACCUUCCGAUAAUAAAAGUAUAUCAAUUGGAAUUUGAUUAAUGACGUCGUCACAACAAUAAGUAUAGAUUCAUUCAUUGAUAAGAUUAUAAAGCUGAAGUUUAUUUAGUAUUAAUCGUCCUGAUGUCUGAAUGACUUCAUUAGAAAUAUAGACAUUUUUUUUAUUUAUUUGUAACUAAUCAAACCUAUACAACAAUGGUUCUGAAAUGUGGAGUGAUAUUUACAUGUGUUGUGGUGUUAUUGCUUCAGGCACCAGAGAGUGUAACAGCAAAAAUUUGUAUACUCAGAGAACGCAAUUUUACCAGCGAAAUUUGGGAUUUUUGGACGGGUUAUUACUGCUACAAUUACACACCGGACUUUCGACUGAAUUUCAGAUAUACAAACAUCACCGGUUAUAUUUUGAAUGGUUCUCAAAUUCCAGUAGCUUUGAUUCCUGACGAAGAAACCCAAUACUUCUCUUUCCACUACAAAGAUCCAACUUCUUUACAAUAUCUCAGAAAGUCUUUUCAAACAGAUCAUUUUUUCGGUUUGUGGAUAAACUGUUGUGAAGAGGCCUCUGACUGCUGUGAAAAUUCCAUGACAGAUGAAAAUGUUUAUCCAACCGAAGAAUACCCCUGUCCGGCUAUUUGGGAUGGCUGGACUUGCUUCGAUCCUGCAAAAGCUGGCACCAUCCAAAAAGAGACUUGCUCCAAACAAGCUUACUCCACAGAAUCUGACGUAUGUGAACUCCAAAGCGAAAAAACAUGUUUUGCAAAUGGUACCUGGAACCAAACGACAGACUAUGGAGUUUGUGCCAUAGCACCAGUCCUUCGACACAGACAUACUUUCAACGUCAUCGCGUUAGCCAUUGCUACGGUGAUAUCUUUCCCAGCGGUGGUCAUUUUUUUCAGUUUGCGUACGUUCAGAAAAAAUCUGCGUUACAUUAUGCACAGGAAUUUAAUUCUGAUUAUUGUUAUCAGAAACUUGUUAACUAUCAUGUCCAAACAGAUCAUUAUUUUGGAUGCUCUUAACUCGACUGGAACUACCGUAAUGGACGAAAAUAGUGUGGCGUGUCGAGUUUUGGCGUUUUUUGAAAAUGCUGCCAAAAAUGGAAUGUUUGCAUGUAUGCUUGCGGACGGAUUUUACCUUCACAAGCUUAUUGUUAGAGCUUUUGCAAACGAACCCAGUUUAACAUACAUUUAUGUUGCCGUUUCAGUUUUGUCGUUUCUACCAUCGCUUAUAUGGGCCAUCGUGCGUAACGAUCAUGGAGCAAAAGACUGUUGGAUGGUUGACGAUACCAACGAUCAGUGGAUUAUCGAUGGUUUUCGUAUUGCCAUUUUAGUUAUAAACUUUCUGUUGUUGUUGGACAUAAUUCGAGUUAUGGUAAUGAAAUUAAAACGUGGUAGCGUAUCUCAACAGGUUAAGUCAACGUUUCGAGCAACAUUAUUCUUGAUACCACUUUUUGGUAUUCACAUUGUUAUCAUUACCAACAGAAACAUCGUUCCUAGCAAUACGUGCGAAGCGCAGGAUAUUUAUUACUAUAUUAGUUAUUUAGUUGAGGGGUUACAAGGAAUCAUGGUAGCUCUUUUGUUCUGUUAUAUUAAUUCAGAGGUACGAGGGGAGCUGGAAAAUGCUUUCAGAAAAUUUGUGCUAUAUUUGGAACAAAGAUUCGACCUAAAAUUUGAAAAAAAGGAGGACUUGAGGAGAGCAACAACAGCAACUUACGUAGAGGCGUAUAAUCGUAAAUAGAUAUCAUUUUGAUUUAGGAACAUAUCAUCAUUUCUCGCUUUUGUGAUCUAUUAGAUAUGUAAGAUAAACUUACUUAGAUGUUAGUUUAGACGUUUAGAAAAUGCACUUUAGUUUUUUCUGAAAUCAAUAAAAUGACAUAAUUUCUGAAAAUGUUUUGGAUAAUGUCGAAAUUAAACUUGACAAUAAUGAGUUACAGGUCAAUUUAAUGAUUAUUUUGAGGUGCUUAAGGCGAUAUCAACAUAAGUUUUAAUCCGAAAAGUUAUCCUUUUAAGUCAUUGACAACACAGUUUACAUGUAAUAGUUAUUAAUUAGAUUUGUUUGUAUGACUUAAGAUUAUACUUUUAUGGUAAGUUGUAUGAACUCCCAUAUCUUUAAGUACAACCAAAUUUUGUAUCGAUAAAAUCGCAUAGAAAUUUUUAAUACCUAAGUGUUAUGAUAUGAGGAUACGUUGAAGUAGGUUAAGUGGCAUGUUAUGUGAAAGGACAUAUUCAAAAAGUUGUAAGUAAAUUGAUGACUAGAUCCAAUUAUUUAAAAAAGAACAUAUACAAGAAAAAAACCUGUAGAAAUUUUUGGAAGUUUUUGAUCAACUGUGUUAUAAAAUAAGUUUAGAGAUAUUAUCUACAUUUCGUCAAUGAAUUAUUGUUAUAAAUACUAGAUCUUUAAGUAGAUUAGUUUUUAGUAGAAUAAGAAUAUUUUUUGUAACA